GCGUUGGUGAAUGAGCUAUACAGUUUGCUUCGUGAUCAGGAUCCUAUUGUCGUUGUGAAUUGUCUGAGGGCCUUAGAAGAGAUCUUGAAGAAGGAGGGAGGAGUUGUCAUCAACAAACCCAUCGCCCAUCAUCUCCUCAACAGGAUGGCUGAUCUGGAUCAGUGGGGGCAAAGUGAGGUGCUCACCUUCCUUCUGCGUUACAGACCCCGCAGUGAGGAGGAACUCUUCGACAUACUCAAUUUACUGGAUGGCUAUCUCAAAAGCAGCAGCCCCAGCGUUGUGAUGGCAGCCACCAAGCUUUUCCUAAUGCUGGCCAGGGAGUACCCACAUGUGCAGACAGAUGUUUUGGUGAGAGUGAAGGGACCGCUGCUGUCGGCCUGCACUUCUGAGAGCAGGGAGCUCUGCUUCACUGCGCUGUGCCAUGUGCGUCAGAUCCUUGGUAGCCUUCCUGGCCAUUUUAGCAGCCACUACAAAAAGUUCUUCUGUUCGUAUUCAGAGCCCCACUACAUCAAAUGCCAGAAGAUGGAGGUGUUGUGUGAGCUGGUGAAUGAUGAAAAUGUACAGCAAGUACUGGAGGAGCUGAAGGGCUAUUGCACCGAUGUAUCGGUAGAGCUUGCCCAAGGGGCAAUCUUCGCCAUAGGCAAUAUCGCAAGGACGUACACCGAACAGUGUGUGGGGAUUCUGACAGAGCUCCUGGGGCUCCAGCAGGAGCAUAUCACUUCAGCGGUAGUACAGGCUUUUCGGGACCUGGUUUGGCUGUGUCCCCAGUGCACGGACGCCGUGUGUCGGGCCCUGCCUAGCUGUGAGGAUGCCAUCCAGGACAGUGAGGGCAAGCAAGCGCUGAUCUGGCUCCUGGGCACACAUGGUGAGAAAGUACCAAAUGCCCCCUAUGUUUUGGAGGACUUUGUGGAGAACGUGAAAUCGGAGAUGUUCUCGGCAGUGAAGAUGGAGCUUCUGACAGCAUUGGUGCGACUCUUCCUGUCUCGUCCUGCCGAGUGUCAGGACAUGCUAGGGAGACUACUCUAUUACUGCAUAGAGGAGGAGAUGGAUAUGGCAGUACGAGACCGUGGAUUGUUCUACUAUCGCCUUUUGCAGUCCGGUGUGGAAGAAGUGAAACGGGUCCUGUGUAGCCCCAAGUCUGACCCUUCUCUGGGGCUCCUGGAAGACCAAACUGAGCGACCUGUGAAUACCUGGGCUUCAGAGUUUAACACUCUUGCACUGGUUUAUGGCAGAGAACGCUGGGCACUUGUCACUGCUUACCAGCCAGCAGAACCCUCUUACGCUUGUUCUCCUUGUACUGACUCCAGGAGCAGAGACACAGAGUCACUGAUUUCUGAAGAGAGUAAAGAAAUCCUCAAGGCUCAUCCCGAUACAGGCAACCUGACCUUAAUUUCUGAUGUUUACCUGACUGCAGAAGAGUUUGAGAAGACCUGGCUGAGCUUAGAGAUGAGCUGCCACCUCUCUUUGCCCUGGUGUGGGACAGUUCAGCCAGACACCAUACAGACAGCUCUUCACGUUGUCCACAUCCAGACCAUUGCUAUGAGCAAAGCUGGCGUCCAGCCCUGGAAAGCUUAUCUCAGUGCUCAGGAUGACACUGGUUGCCUCUUCCUAACGGAGCUCUUGCUUGAGGCGGCAGAUUCGGAAAUACAGGUGUCAGUGAAGCAGAGUGAGGCAAAGCCGGAGGCACUGCAAACCUUUAUCUCAGUGUUAAGGACAGUUAUGGGGGCAGUUGCCGGACUGGGGUCCUGA